GCUGGGCGGAGGGGCGGGCCGUGCGGGCUGGCUAAGGGUUAGAGUGAGCGUCUCUUGGGGUCCGUGCUGGCCGGUUAAGGCGUCGUUGUCACUAUGUCGCUGGCGGCCUCGGCAGGCCGGGGUCUGGGGGCCGUGUGGUCCCCAACCCAUGUGCAAGUGACCGUGCUGCAAGCGCGAGGCCUGCGGGCCAAGGGUCCCGGGGGCACCAGCGACGCAUACGCGGUGAUCCAGGUGGGCAAGGAGAAGUACGCCACCUCGGUGUCCGAGCGCAGCCUGGGUGCGCCAGUGUGGCGGGAGGAGGCCACCUUCGAGCUGCCUCCACUUCUGACCUCCGACGCUGUGCCUGCGGCAGCCGCCACCUUGCAGCUCACCGUGCUGCACCGCGCGCUGCUCGGCCUCGACAAGUUCCUGGGCCGCGCCGAGGUGGACCUGCGGGAGUUGCACCGGGACCAGGGCCGCAGGAAAACGCAGUGGUACACCUUGAAAUCCAAGCCAGGAAAGAAGGAAAAACAGCGAGGAGAAAUUGAGGUUGACAUCCAGUUCAUGCGAAACAACAUGACAGCCAGCAUGUUUGACCUGUCCAUGAAGGACAAGCCCCGCAAUCCAUUUGGAAAACUGAAGGACAAGAUCAAGGGAAAGAACAGGGACAGUGCAUCAGACACCGCCUCAGCCAUCGUCCCCAGCUCAACACCCUCAGUUGACAGUGAUGACGAGUCUCUCUCAAAAGACAAGAAAAAGAAAUCAAAGGUCAAGUCCCUGUUUUCCAAGUCAAAUUUGCAGAAAACGCCACUUUCCCAAUCCAUGUCUGUCCUGCCGACUUCAAAGACAGAGAGAGUGGUGCUCCGGCCUGGAGACUUCCGGUCCCAGUGGGAGGAGGACCACCAGCAAGAGGAGUCCUUGUCCUCUGCUUCAGACAUCAUGUCACACAAGAGAACAGCGAGUGUAGACCUUAAGCAACUGAGCCAGAUCAGCUUCAGCCUUCCCAAGAAGGAAGGACUCUCCUUUCUUGGGGGCCUGCGGUCCAAGAAUGACACCCUUUCUCGCUCUAAUGUCUGCAUCAACGGGAACCAUGUUUAUAUGGAGCAGCCCGAUGCCCGGAGUGAGACCAAGGACAGCAGCCCCGCCUCCUCCCCGUCUCCCCAGGGCUUCAGGAAGAAACAUUCCUUCUCUUCCACCGAAAACCUGGCCGUCAGGGCUUGGAAGGAGCCUGGGGAGGGAGAUGGCCUGUCUUCUGACACCUCCACUAAGGACUCGCUGAAGUCCAUGUCCCUGCCAUCUUACCGACCCCUGGCGAGCAGCGACACUAGGGAAGUCACAGCGCCAGUGAAUCCGGAGGCUGCGAAAGAAACGAAGGACAGCAAGAAGCAGGAGGCAAAGAGGUCGUCCUUGCUUUUCCUGGUGACUGGAAAGAAGGAUGUGGUGAAGGGCAGUGAAGGCGAGAGCACUGCUGGCCUCCCAGGGAAGGAGGAGGAAGGGGUGCCAGAAGCUCCACCACAAGAGGAAGUCUUCAUCAGAGGGUCUGAGAGAGAGGCAGUAGCUGACACCUCCAGAAGGGGGCAUUCUUUAAACCCCUUUGAAGAUGUGCAGAUCUCAGAACCAGAAGCUGGACCUGAGCCCAAGUCGGAACCAAAGCCACCUGUUCCCUCUGCGAGACCUCCCCAGACCAAAGCUGUCAAGCCUCGACUGGAAGUGUCUUCAGAGGCUCAACCCAAAGCCCGGCUUCUUUCUCCCUCUGACUCUUCUGUCUUUUUUUCUGCUUUUGCUUCCAGUUCUGGUCAGGUACCCACUCCCUCUGAAUCAGGGGGUGGUUCAGAGUCCCAGUCUUCUGAAAGUCUUUCUGUCUUUUCUUCUUUUCCAUCUCCCGGAGUAGCUCCUAUUUCCACAUCUACCCCAGUUGGACACUGGCCCCCCUCAGGCCAGAGCCAGGCCAGUUCUGAUGAAUUGGCUUUGCUCCUUCAAGCAGACUUGCAAAAGGAGAGUUUAAUACCAGUCUCAGAUACUGGUUCUUCUGCCCCAGGAGCACUUUUCAAAGAGGCUCCUACUCCAGUAUGGAAAGGAACAAGAAGUCCUCCAAGGAAGAAGGCCAGUGAGGGAGGCUUAGGGAAGAAUGCUGCCCUGACAGAGCCAGGAAGCUCUCUCUUGCCGCAGCCUGAGGUGGGGCAACAAGAAGAAGCACUUGUGGGGACUCCCUCCCCAAAACAAGGCUGCACUCCCUCAGAUGAAGAAACCCCUGAGGUACCGCCUAUGCUCUCACUGAGUCAUGGCAGAAUUGCAGGCUCCACUGGGGAGACACCCAUGAUGGGACAUGCAGACCUGAAGAGUCAGCCUAGGCCUUCUAUGGAGAGCAGAGUUUCAGGUGGCAGAACAUCUUCUACAGUCAAAGAAGUAGCAGUGCCUCUUCCAACAGGCGAACUGGCCCCCCUACCAGAUACCGAGAUGCAGAAACAGGAAGAGAUGAACCUCAAUGGUGGUGAGGGCCAGAAGAAAAGCAAGAAGCGUGUGUCAUUUUCUGAGCAGCUCUUUAUGGAAGAGGUAGAGAAACCCACUGGGCUAGGGAAGGAGGAUGCAAAUCCCCCCCAGGAGUUGACUUUCAGAGGAACCACUGCAGAAAGUGCAUCUGAUGCAGAGCCUCCUGGCUGUCACCUCGAGGGAGUUGCAGAAAGGGGACCUGUCACUGUGCAGGCUGCCACAGAAAGCAGCUCUGUGGUCCCCUCUUGUGCCGAGAGUUCCUCAGAAGUGCCCGUGAAUAAAGUGAGCGUGGCGAAGCACACCCUGCUUUUCAGAGUCGAAAAUGAAGAUGCCCUCCCAGCUCAGCACCAGAGCAAGGCCAGUGACCAUGAAGGCUCGCUGUCUGAUCCCCUGAGUGCCCUUCCUUCUGCCUCAGAGGUGCCACCUCCCAUCAUGGCCGAUCUGAACUUGACCCUUCCCUCCAUCCCUGAGGUGGCAUCUGAUGAUGAAAGAGUUGAUCAGAUAGAGGAGGAGGGAAAAACAGCAGGCACUUUAUCCUGGGGCUCAUGGCCUCCCCAUCCUGAGCAGAGAGAGGAGCCAAGUGGUGGGGCAGAGGGGGCAGUGCCUGUGGCGAAUCCAUGUGACCUCAGGUCUCAGGCCCCUUCAGCUCCUUCUGCACAGAAGGCAGCUGUAGAAAUUGAUGAACCGCAUUCUGGCCAGAGCACAGGCGAUGACAAACAGCUGUCUGGCCCUGGCAGUGAUGAGGAAGAGAAACCCACAGUAGAUGGGAGGCAGCAUCAUGCUCCCGUCCUGUCCCCACACUCUCCUGUGUCCAGUCCCUCCCUUUCCGAGACCUUUCCUGCUGUGCACUCUUUCCCUGUCUCUCCACUUGCUAAUGGUCACUACACCAGUAGAGCAGAAUCUCCAAAAAAAGCAACAGCAGAGGGCUCCACUGGGAAAGUUGAAAAUUUUGGCAAGAGGAAGCCGCUUCUUCAGGCCUGGGUCACGCCCUCAGAGACACAUCCAGUCUCAGCUCAGCCAGGCACUGGAACUGGGGCAGCCAAGCACAGACUUCAACCUGUGAAGCCAAUGAACACGACGGCCACCAAGAUUUCUAACUCCAGCUUGGGAACUGCCACCAUCAUCAGUGAGAACAUGACCAAUGAUCUCAUGACAAAGAAAUACAGCCCCUCAGAUCCUGCCUUUGCCUAUGCCCAGCUGACUCACGAGGAGCUGAUUCAGCUGGUCCUCAAACAGAAGGAGACCAUCAGCAAGAAAGAGUUUCAAGUACGUGAGCUGGAGGACUACAUUGACAACCUGCUCGUCAGGGUCAUGGAAGAGACCCCCAACAUCCUCCGCAUCCCAGCUCAGGUUGGCAAAAAAGCAGGCAAGAUGUGAAGAGAAUACUGGACUGGCUGUGGGACGUUUUGCAUCUGCUCUUGAGGUCAAGGACUUGUGCCUGACACCCAGCCAAUAGGCUCCAAAUCACCAUCUCUGCUGUGUCUUAUCUGUCAGGACUUAAUUCUACCAGUCAAAGCCAGGUUAAUUAUUACAGUGAAUCUUCUGCUGUACAUUCUUAGGGUUUUAUUUUUAAAUGCCACUGUGCCUUU